AUGAAUUGGUCGUCUGCGAAGUUUGAAUCGCUUUAUAAUGGCAUCGAAAGCGCCGAAUUAGAUCGUAAGUUGUUCGAUGAAAUUCUACCAGACUUACAGGACUUAAAUCUUAAUCAUGAUAAGUGCAAAAACUCUUCAAGUCGAAGUCAAUUAGAAAAGGGCGAGGUAACUUUUUCUGACGGUAGUACUUAUAAAAUCAAUCAAGAAUUUAUGAUCGCUGCUAUUGCAGUAUCCGAUGAGCUGAAUUUGGAUGAAAUAGUCGUAUGUGAAAUGAUGAUUAAUGAUACGGGUGCUAGAAGCUCAGAAACUGGCGAAGAGCUUUCUUUAAUUAACAGGGCAAAGGUAAAUUACUUCAUGAGAAGACAGUUCAUUUUACAACUAACGGCUUUUCUGAUAAAUUGCGUGGAAGAGGACAAUCCCAUUUAUGUGGAUCUGCUGGCCAAUGGCAAGCUAGUUGUCAACGUGUUAAAGGCUUUCCGGUUUAUUCAUUCUCAAUUGGCGGACAUCAAGCAAUUGAUCAGUAAGGCAAGAAUCCUCGAUAAUUACCAUGCAUUGGAAAAGCGUAAUGUGAAGUUCAAACGAGAUUUUCUCUUGAAAGAAUAUGACAUCCUCGGUCAGAUUCUUUGCGGACUCAUGGUCAAAGGCGAUUUUUUGUCGAGAGAGCACCUCAUGAAUCUAAUAAAUCAUGUAUGUGAGAUGCACUCAAAUGACUUCUUCAUCGUAUAUUAUCUUCCUGCCAUAUUUUGCGCCUUUGGAAAUUUGGAUAAACUUCCGGAUAAGGAUGUUAGGUCAAUCCAUGACCAGUUUAUAAAGGACUUAAGGUCUGAGGAGAUUUACACUAACCCUAUCAAGGUUUCUUUGAUAUUCGUUUUUCUAUCCUACUUUAUUGGUUGGUGUAAAUCGGAUCCUUCAGAAAGAGCCAACACCAUGGAUUUCACUGUGGCCGUGGAUGAGCCGAUGACCAGAGCGGUUGAGUAUGGCGCUAUGGAACUGCUGCUGAUCUUUGCAGCGGAAACUUCUAUGGUAGAAAAGGAUGCAAGUUUUGGGCUUUAUUACGAUGUACGAUCAUUACUAGAGAGACAUCUCCCAAGACUCAUACCUAUCCAGCUUUUGGACAGCGACACGACCAUUCAACAGCAGCAAUCACAGCUUCAUAAUAAUCCGUCUGAUUCAACAUAUACUGCGCCCAAUAGUCACGACACCAAGGACAGAGCAUUCGAAUGUAUUAGCCUUUCGGAAGGAACCGAAUCCUUUUUUUUGACCAUGUUUCACGAUGUACUCAGGUCGAUAAUAGCGGACUGUGCUUUCCUUCUUACGAAGAUAAAAGAUGCCGAAGAAGACUCACUUUUAUCCGGAGAAGAUUUAAAUUUGGAUGAAAUCGCUUUGAGGGCUGAUUUGGAGAGAUUUUUUCUUACAAUAUAUUAUUUCUACUCAUUCAGGCCAGAAUAUGGAAAGCUUUUCUGGGAAGACAAGGAAUCGAAUGCUUACGGUUUUAUUGAAUGGUCAGCAAAGUGCCAUGAUAGCUUGAUGAAGUCAUGCUUCUAUUUGAUGAUUUCAAGUCUCUCGUGUGGUCUGGAGAACUCACUAAGCGUUUAUCAUUACUUUGUUGCAAAUAACGAUGUGACAUGGGACUUAAUGGCUCAAUGCAUAAAAAAUUACAUUGUGAAGAUAUGUAAUUUAACUGCGAGGGUCCAGCAGAGACAACUAAAACGCGACUCAGAAGAAGUUGACUCUUCGCUUGUUGCAUUAGAAGAUGGUUUAAAUGAAGAGGCAGUUAUUUUCAUUUCUUCAUUAUUUACUCUGAUCGGGUCAGUCGCCAAUAACAUUGAAGAAGACAUAAAGACUAAGCUUUCCAAACUUUAUACUGAGCCGCUGUUCGAGUUCGCGAAACUAGAGACGCCAUUAAUUGGUGCUUGUUUCAAGACAUUAAGCCACUUGGUGCCUUUCUCGGAAAUAGAAAGAUCAUCUUUUUGGUAUUCCCUGGAUUCAUUUAUUUUCAAGACCGGUCAACCAACCAUGGUGUCCGACUCCUACCGGUCGAUAUUUAUGUCAAAGUUCACAAAUUUUUCUGAGGUUGUUGGAUUUUUAAGCCUUUUCCAAAAGCUUCUUGUCACUGGACCAAAAAAAGAAUAUGAGAGUUAUAUGGCUUUUGGAAAACUGGCCUUCCCAAGCAACCUGGGUCGAGGUUACAGAAAGGUGGGAAUAAAUCCAUAUUUUGAUUAUAUUUUGCAGGAAGUGCUUGUCAACUCUGGUCAGUUACACGAUUCUUUAAAAACAAGAUGCAUUCAAUCUCAAAUUCUUCACAUAAUGGAGGAAGCUCUUCUUUCUUUCGAUUACAAUGUGAUUUUGAACUCAAUAGCGGCGAGCGCCAAUCUGGAUAAGUUAGUGAGCGUUGGCAAUUUUGCUACCUACAUUCAGGAAUGCCCAGCCACAAUUGUUUUCAACUACAUAUUCACCGAAAAGGUUUACAAGAGCAUUUUUGACAUCGUUUCUAUCGGGAUUGAUGAUAUUCACAUCGAGUUGGAUGGAGGCAAUGAGCAAUUGAAACUCAUCAAUUUGUCACUGAAAGUCCUGAACAUUAUCUUGGAUUUCCAAGGUCCUUACAUUGAAGAGUUUGUGCCAGUUAUCAAUAAGCAAGAAAACACAAGCUAUUAUAUACCCAAAGAUUUUGGUUUGCACGGCUUACGCUCCUUCUACGACGCUAUUUUCUUCCAUCUGUCAGUGGUUGCACAUUUAGGUCUGUACGUUGGAUUGAAUAACUUUGAUGUGGCAUUGAACUCAGUUCGAUUAUUAGGGAAACUUGCUGCCCGUAAUCCCGGUGAAAGUUCACCUUUUGCCGCGAAGAAUACAUUGUUGACUAUAUUUGACUCGGUUGACGAGUCAGCGCGCAUCAAGGAUGCGUUUAUCUCACAGAUAGAAAGAACAAUCGAUUGUGAGGAAGCUCUCACAUUGAAAAUCGAAAUCCUGGACUUUAUUAGAAUGAACUUACCAGCUACCGAAGCGGAUGUUACUAUUUCCCAUUUAUUGCUUGGUUUUCAGGUAUCAAACGUUAUAUCCACUGGGCCUAACCUUUCCACUUUUAUCAAUUCAGACAAUUCCUUAUUGAACUCAGUAGUCAACCUGAUGGAAGCUUCUCUGCACAAUGUUGAUCGAUCUUGUAUUAAUUAUGCUCCAAUGAGGUUAGCGGCUUUAUCACUGAGUAUAAUAAUGGUACUCUGCAGAAACUCUUUGACUUCACGCCUAGCGCUGGAUUACUUUGUUGAACAUCGAUUAUUUGAGCUACUGGUUAGCCUGGAUCCUCAGGCGGACGUAAAUACGCUGUGGAACGGAAGAAUGUUCAACUUGAGACAGGAAGAAGAGUUUAAACAAUCCGAAUCACUAGGUGCUCUUCUCUCUUUUCUAAGUUUUAGAACUGAGCUUCUUCAAUAUUUGAGCUUAUCGAUCCACAGACUUGCUUCUAGCGGAAGAGGAUCGCAGAUCAGAGCACAUACAGAUUUGCUUAUUUCUAACACAUUGUAUUCAGCAAGGGUAUUUUCAUUGAUCAGCUCUCUUAACUAUGGGGAUAUGUUACACCAAACAGUUCACUUAGAUGGCUUGAAAUUUUUCAAGGACCUCCCCAUUAAGCUUGAUUUGGUAACGACAACAAAAAGCUGCCUUGGACACAUUUAUGACCUCAGCGCUGUCGAUUCUUUGGCAGGCUUAUCAUGGCGGGUGAAGUCGAAUCACUAUACAGACUGUCUUUCGUCGUCUCCUGAAGCAAUGGAGGAGUUAGACGUCAUACACACAAAAAUAACUAGCGUUCUAGCUCGUCAAAGUUUCGUGAAGGGCCAGCUCUCAAUCCUCCACUCGUGGGCUCAAUUGGUGGAAAUUAUAGCAUCAGAUGGUGAGCUUUCUUGUAUGGAUCGCUCAAAUUUUAUUUUAGAGGUUUUUGGCGCUAUAAUACCAAAAAUCAACGACUACAUCGAGUUCGAUGUUUCUUUCUCCGAAGAACUUGUUUCACUAGCUGUAACACUUUUCGAAGUUUAUCAAAAGGACAGGAUGUCCGUAGACGGUUUCCAAACAAUUGACAACAGGCUUUAUAACCUCUUCAAAACGUGCAUUCAUGGCAUCAAUUCUCCACUGUCAUCGUUUUCAAUUAGGUCCAAUUUUUACUUACUAGCCAAUAGCUACCUGGUUCACGCCCUGGGAGACACAAAGCUUGCCAGACAAAUUCUGCAAGACUUGAAAAUGGGUAGCGAGGUUCUUGUGGAAGUCAUAUCCAAAGACGCCAUUUACGGACAAGGCACAAACAGGAUAACGAGCAUCUUCUUACUAGAUUCUUUGGUGCGUCUGGGAGACAUCAACAAGGAAAAUUUCAUAUUGGAUUUCCUGAUGAAGAAAACACAACUUCUUUUGAUCAUAAGGUCCCUCAAGAAUAUCAAUGUCUUCUUAACCUCGCCUCAGAAUAACGUUAGUAUCGAUGAUCUGCUGUACGAGCUAACUGCAUUUAAAUCGGUAACAUACCUACUGAUACGAAUUGCAGAAAAUCGAAAUGGAGCUCAUGCAUUAAUACAGAACAAAUUAUUCCAAGUCAUAGAAGAUUGUUCAGCUUUACAAUUAGAUCCAGAUUUAGGUCUGGAUUUAGUCAUCAAUGAGUUGUCGGCUCAAAAUUCUGGUCUACUAUCCAUCAAUGUCAGCUUGGAUAAUCCAUUAUUUAUGGGAAGAGACGCUUAUGAGAUUUCUCUCUUCGAGCUGAUCGUUCCCAUAUUUCAAUUAAUUGCGGCUGUUCUGCUCAGUAUGGGAAGUGCCAACCUUCGUGUGAUGUCGGAUGUCAAGAGCCUGCUAGUGAAGUUUAGAAAGCUCUCGAUUGGAAUUAUGAAAAGGGAUGCUUUGAAAGAUAUGAAUGAAAAAUACAGGCUUUCUGGCGUUGCUUCAGAGGGUCAAGAGCAGAUGGUAAGGCUAAUAGUGCUCCUAUGUACCUUAACCGGCUAUCGCGGUGAAGAAACAAUUUGA